GCCCCGCCUCCAGCGUGGACGCGCAACAACGUGCACGCGCGUAUUUGUUAUCGCUACGGUGGCGUGGUGUCUGCUCACAUGUGCCACCCUCUGUCUUCUUCUUUGUCUUCUCUCCCGGCGUCACUGGCUGCCAUGGCCACUUCCUCGAGGCUUUUGUCAUUUCCGAGCAUCCCCUGAAGCGCUCCCGUCUCAUCCGGCAUCCAGACAUCGCGUCUCUCUCUCGGAGUGUUUACCCGUGCCACGGUGCUCCACUUCCAGCUGGCACGUCCGCCCUGCCCACCUGGAACCUGGAGGAUUUCCUUCAAGCCUUCUGGCUGCUCUCUUGGAGAUGAUGCGCAGAUGGUUUCUCCAUGUGUUUAGGUUGUGGAGCACCCCCUCCUCAUCAUCAUCCCAUCCCAAGUGGAGCUCCAUGUCCGGCUUCUUUUGUCAACAUGUCCCCAGCAUCGGCUGCAGCGGCCAGUGAAGGCAGCACCAUAAGCAUCGCCCCUGAAGAGGACUUGGACAACAAUCCCAGAGCUGAGCAGCAACCUCAGAAACAGUCCCUGCUGAAGUCUUUGUGUCAGGAGACCCACUGGAAAUGCCUGCUGCUCUCCCUGCUCAUGUACGGCUGUGUGGGCGCCAUGGCCUGGUGCCAGGUGACCACCGUGACACGCCUCUCCUUCGACAGCGCCUACAAGGGCAAGUCCAUGAUGUACCACGACAGUCCCUGCGCCAAUGGCUACAUCUACAUCCCCUUAGCCUUCCUGGUCAUGCUGUACGUGGUCUACUUGGUGGAGUGCUGGCACUGCUACACCAGGAACGAGCUGCAGUACAAAGUGGACGUGGACAACGUGGCCGAGCGCAUCCAGAGGAUGAAGCAGGCCACGCCGUGCAUCUGGUGGAAGGCCAUCAGCUACCACUACGUGAGGAGGACGCGGCAGGUGACACGCUACCGUAACGGCGAUGCGUACACCACCACGCAGGUCUACCACGAGAGAGUCAACACGCAUGUGGCGGAGGCCGAAUUUGACUAUGGGAACUGCGGGGUGAAGGACAUCUCCAAGAACCUGCAGGGCAUGGAGUGCUUCCCGAUUACCAAGCUGAGGUUCACCAAGUGCUUUAGCUUUGCCAACGUGGAGUCGGAGAACUCUUACCUGACCCAGAGGGCCAGGUUCUUCACAGAGAAUGAAGGCUUGGAUGACUACAUGGAGGCCCGUGAGGGGAUGCACCUAAAGAAUGUAGACUUUAAGGAAUACAUGAUUGCCUUCUCUGAUCCAGAUCACCUUCCCUGGUAUGCAGCACAUUCCACCUUCUGGGCAGCAGCUGCUUUGACUCUCUCCUGGCCUUUACGUGUGCUGAGUGAGUGUCGAACCGCGUGCGUCCACUACCACGUGGAGAAGCUCUUUGGCUUUGACUAUGUGCCGGUGACGCCUUCUGAGGAGCGUCCUUACUGCGGGCACAUCCCACGGGUCAACACCAUCGACAGCACGGAGCUGGAGUGGCACAUCCGCUCCAACCAGCAGCUGGUGCCCAGCUACUCCGAGGCGGUUCUCAUGGACCUGGCCCAGAUCUCAGGCAGCUGCAAUAACUACUCCGUUUGUCGGCGCUACGGCAGCUACAGGCAGAACUGCCAGCGUUGCCAGCGCGCCAUCAGCAGCUCCUCCAUUUUCUCUCGCAGCGCCCUGAGCAUCUGCAACACGGCGAGCCCUCGCCUGCCCUUCAGCGCCAGCCGCUUCUCGUUGGGCCGCCUCUACAGCUCCAGGCGUAGCUGCCCGUGGAGGAGCAGUGGGAGCCUGAACGAGCCCAGCCGGCCGACGGAGAGCACACGGUGCCUAUCGGGCCAGCCGGACAGGGAGGAGAGCCCUCCGGCGUACCAAGACGCACUAUACUUUCCCGUACUCAUUGUACAUAACAAUGAAGGCUGCCUCAACCACGACCAUCGCUCUCUGCACAGGAAUGGAUCCUGUGUGGAGACUUCUCUAUGACCUUUGACCCUGGACACGGAUAAAGACAACACGGUUGGCUGAGACAGAUCACAAACAAGACACUGAGUCAGGGGAAGCAAAUAUGAUGUGAUUGUUGCAUAGGGUACACUGUGACUGUGGUUCAUUUAUCAAGACUGUCCUGUAAAGAAUCAAACUACAAAUACACAUGGGAGUACUAAAUGUCCUACUUUUUAGACUUUUGGCUUCUAGUCUAAAUCAGAGGAAAUGCUGUGGAACAUCUAUAUAAUCUCUUCUUUCCCUCUGCUGCCAUAGUAAAACCUUUAAUAAAUGUACAGGGAAUUUUUUUAAGUAACAUUUUAACAUUUUUGUAAUGGUCAUACAAGUAAAGACAAGUUAACCAGUAUUAAAAUGUAAAAACAAUAAACAGCUGUAACAUUGAUUGCAAAGGCGUAAUGUUGAGAUGAUUCACAGUCACAGAUGUGCCUAACAUUUUCACUUAUGACACGGCCACUGUUAAUAAUAGUACAACAACACAAGAACAAAACAUGAUAACUGAUGGUGAUGCUGUAGUCGUGCUGCUUGUGGGAAACUCGUUAAAAUGUGAGUCCAUUCGUCAUACUCAUCUUUUGGGGGGGAAAAAAAGUGUUGCAAAAAAGCAAAGGUUUCUAAGCAUAUUUUCAGAUUCACCUGUCGCCCGUGCAUUGUUGUGUAUGUGUUCCACAGCGGUUUUCAUCCGCGCAUGUAAACACUGUGGAACACAUACACAACAAUGGACAGGCGACAGCGUGCAGUGAUACGACGGGAGAGAAAGUAACGCCAAGCGAUUGAUUUUUUUGAAGCUGGCAUUUUUAGGAUGCAAAUGUAUUACUCUUUAACGCAUAUUGUUUUGAGAAGUCAAAGUCUUUACUCAGGUGGUCCCACCAACUAACCGGAACGACGUUCCUCAUCACCGAAAUCCGACCAGAGCUGGGCUCACCGGACAAAGUGGGUGUGGAGGUAGGUACUGUAAGUGUUGAUGCACUACACUGAUGAAGGGGAUGUUAUACAACAUGUCAAAAAAUCCGAACUAUCCCUUUAAGAGUAUAAACAAAAAAAGGAGACUAAUUCACUUUGGUUAAAAAAAAUAUUUUCAGAUACUUCUUGCAUUUUUUUUAUAUAUAAAUUGAAAAACAUUUGUGUGCUUACCUGUGAUUUGUAUUUCCCUUCUCCAGGAGAAGUUCUGAUUACCUCCUGGUGAGUUUGGGUUUAUAAUCCUCCAUCUUGGCAGUCAAAUUCAUUCAUUCAUUCAGCAGAGCAUAAAAAUAAAUUGAAUGCAUUUAAUUUUCUGCUAGCUAGUGCUAGCUAAUGCUAGCAAAAAAAAAACCAAACAAAUGGCUUUUCCUCUGUGGAAGGACAUCAUGUGACAAGAAUAAUCAUGUCAUGCUUACAUUAAAGACAUUACACAGGCUGCAAAAAGUCAUGGUGUAUGAUAAAUGUUUUUGCAACAUAUUAUUUGCGACAUGCUGCCAAACGGAAAUUGGCAGGCGCCAUGAGGCAACUCAGCGUGCAAUCAAACAGUAGGCGGGGCUUGCGCAGUAAGCAGAGAAGCCACACUCAUUGUGGCCUCACCUUAGGUUUCUUCCUUCUUCCUUUGAUUAGGAAAUCUGCAAAUUCAGCCUUUUUACUUAAGAAAAUGUUAAAAACAAUUGGAAUCAUCGAGAAAUACACAUACAUUUAAAGAGCUGCCAGCCUGAUAAAUGCUGAACUAUCAAGUUAGCAGAAAUUGGCUUCGUUGCGAUGACAUUACACUUCCUGGCUUGGUAAAUAUAGCAACACAGAUUAUUAAUAAUUCAGCAGAGGAGUGCUAAAGGACACAUGCAAUACCAGCAUUUCCUCAAGGCUUUCACACUGGCUGUAAACUGUUGUCUUGUAUAAAUACCAACCAAAAACUAAUAAACCUUACAAUGACAAACCUAACUAGUUCCAAACGUUACUUUUAAUACUAUUUCUUAUUCCACCUACCUGUCUAAUUAAGUGCCUAAAAAUUGUGGUUACUGACAAACAUGUUGUCCUCUAUUUCAAAUUAAGCACGUCAUGCCUCCUUUUAAAUGGUUUUGAAUACAAUCAUUGAUUUUGCUUCUUCCGGAUGGUGUAAUGGAGCUGUGGCAUAGCUGGAUGCUGCUUCUGCUGCUCCGGCUGCUGAUGCAUAUCAGAGAGACAAGCAGAGAGCUGGCUCUCAAAGACGCUGAAAAUAGGCAGAGGCCUGCGUUCACUGAUGAUAGUGUCACAUGUAAUAAUACCAGAAGAUGGCUUUAAAGAACUGAAAGAACACUCACAACUGCAGAGUGGAUGUCAGUGUAUGUUCAGUCUGAUUUUCAAAAGGGAAUGGUAAUGGAAAUCGGGAGUGCCGCAACUUUAUAGAGACAGAUAUGAAGUAGGACAGAGCCCUUCAAAUUAAGAUUAGUUCUAAAGUAGAAGCCAGCGGAACACGUCAGCUCUUUAAGUGGAUGUUAUUUCCUCAUUCAGUGUUUGGGAUGUGAAACAAGCAUAGCUGUUUGAAUGAAGUGUGGAGGAUCCUUAUUAGCUAUGAUAAAAUGUGAAGAAAUUGGGCUGGAAAAGAUGAACAAUACUUUGGAGAAGUCAGUGUACAGCUUGUAGAGCAGUUUUUACAAAACACUAAGACAUCAACACAGCCAUUAUCGACUAAACAGCUGGCAACACAAGUGAGUACCAAGAUAAUUGUGACUGUAGCAUCAUGUUCUGGGGCUGCAUGAGUGCUGACGGUGCUGGGAGCUGCGGUUCAUUGAGGGAAACAUGAAUUCCAACAUGAACGGUGACAUUCUGAAGCACGGCACAGAGCCCCUCCCAUGGGAAACUGGACUGCAUGGCUGUUUUCCAGCAUGGUAAAUGCACCUCCAAGAUGAGCAAGUGCGAGCAAGUGGAAGGAAGGUGGAGAAACGCAAAGUGUCUCGCAUCCACCAGCUAUGCAUCAUGGAAAAGGAUUCUGGUGAAUUCCAUGCCCAUGAUGGAUCAAGGCAGUGCGAGAUAAUGGUGCUCAAAACUUGUACAUUUUCACUAUGAGGUGUGCACACUUGUUUUUCAAGCUAUUUAGAGAAUAAUGGCAAUGAGUGUUGAGUUAUUUUUAAAGCAUAUUAAAUCUAUAGUACUAUGCAGGCUGUAUGUUGACUACUCUUAAGUUAAUGUGAAUCAAAGUUUUGUCCCUUGAGAACAUCAAAUAAAAUGGUUAGUGACUGAAGGGUGUACUCACUUUUGUGGCUGAUUCUACUUGAGCAUCAAUGUACAGUUGUUUGUACACAGUCCGGUUGCUCGUUAGACAUAGUAACUGAAAGGUGUAUACAGUCAUGCAUCCAUCUGCAAUGAGCUAGACCAAAACAUUUUUUAUAAAAAACUGAAGAGUCCAGUUAUCCUGGAUUCAUAAAGCCCUGACCCUUUACUGGACCAUAAUUAUUCAAUCUGCUCAUUAUUUUCCAGAAUUAACUGCAGUUUCUUCUUGUUCUUGUUCUUCUUGUUCUUCUUCUUCUUCUUCUUCUUCGUCGUCUUCUUCAUCUUCUUCUUCUUCUUCUUCGUCUUUGUCUUCUUCUUUUUGUUCUUCAUCUUCUUCUUCUUCUUCUUCUUCUUCUUCUUCUUCUGAUUUUUGAUGCUGUAUACCCUGAUGACGAGUUUCAGGUACGUGAUGUGGGUCCUACAGCAUAAGAAACAGAGGAGGGUAAAUUGUAGCUACUGGGCUUUAAUAAAGUCAUUACUAAAAAAAGGCAAUAUGUCAGCAUAUUUAGUUUU